CGUCCUUUAGCCAAGCAUUCUCCACAUCUCCUAAUUGCCAUGGAAUCUGUACCUGAAGAACUCAAAUACCUUCAGCCAUACCUACAGCGUUCACAAGAACUCCAGUCUCGUGAGCCUGUGGUUUCAUAUUAUGCAAAGUACUAUGCUGCAAAACUAGCUUUAUCAAAGGGACCCAAGAACAAACAUACAGAAAAGUUCGUGAUAUCUUUACUGGAUGAACUGGAGACCGCUAAACAACAGAUUGGAGCGAACGAGGCCAUCACAAACGACUUGGUUGGAUAUGCGCAUAUUGAGAACUUUGGCCUAAAGGUGUUUGAAAACGCAGAUAAUGAAGAUCGAGCAGGCAGAGCGUCCAAGAAAACAGCCAAAACCUUCCUUGCUGCUUCGGUGUUUUUAGAACUGCUCAAGACAUUUGGAGAUAUUGAUCCUGAUGUGGCAGGAAAGAUAAAGUACGCAAAGUGGAAAGCUACUGAUAUUAUCAAGGCGAUAAAGGAGGGUAGAGCACCUGUCCCUGGACCACCUGGUGGAGAAGAUACUCCAAUGGAAGGUUCAGAUGUUCCCACCGGAGCUACCGACAUAGUACCUGGCUCCAACACUACUCCUCCUUCUACUUCUGCAGGAGCAAGCGACCCAUCUCAACCAUUUAUAACUCACUUUCCUAGUCCUCCAUCCAAUUUCACAGCCGCCAUACCACCUACUUCUCCACAACAGGACAAUUUACCUUCGACGACAGGAUUUUCCGUUCCUGAUAAUACACCACCCUCAGUCACGCCAACAUUCCCUCAAGGUGACCAAUCGUUCUCUCCGCCAGUGAAUGCCAACAACACUGCAGACGUUAGUGUUCCAACCUUCCAUAUCUCCAUGCCGGCUCCUGCUCCUUACCAGCCUGUAGUAUCACCAGUAGCUGCACCUACGCCAAGUCGACAGGAGAUUCCAACGACGGUCGUACCACAGCAGAACCUUGGACCUGCUGAAAUGGCGAAGGCUCAAAAACUUGCUAAAUUUGCUAUCAGCGCAUUGACUUACGACGAUGUCAAGACUGCUAGAGAGAACUUGUUGAAGGCAUUGGAUACACUUGGAUACAAUCAAUCUAAUAACUUUGGGUUUUAGUGCCGAACUUUGGAUUAUUUUGUUUUUAUAUAUACAUUACACGGAAGGCGUCACUUGCGGAUUAGCUGGCAUACAUCAUUUACAGAAGUUAAUUACUGUAGACAUUCAAUGUUUUCUCUAUGGAAGAAU